AAUCCGUCCGGGCAGCUAAAAACAAAAAGAUGCUAGGCUGUUUUUUCGUCGUUUAGGAGGCUUCUUUAUGUCAUUUAAAUGUUACCUCUAGCCUGACGACAUCUUCGGCUCGCAUCUACUGGGAAAACUUCCUGGGUACCGACUGGAGAAGCGAAUACUGCUGAGAGGAAGAAACAGAAGUUGUGUCAACAGGCAGCCUAAGCAGUGGGUUCCCCGGUAGAGAAGAGAUACCGAGAACAAGACUCAGAACCUUCAUGGAGUUAUUAGACAGGCAGGUCUUUCUGAUUCAGCUGGUUCUCAGUGGAGAGUGAAUGGGAACUCUUUUGUCAACCCCAGUAUGCCCAAUGACAUCAACAUGAAAGAGGAACUAGAGGAACUAGAACUACAGGAGACAAGUGUAACCAAAGAGGAACCAGAACGACACAAACAAGAACAGGGCUCUGUGGGGACUCCUGAAUAUUUGGAAAUACUCGACAAUGUUCCAGAACUGCAGCAGAUGAUGGAGACAAAGGAGGAAUCAGAACCUUCACGGAUUAAAGAAGAACCGGAAGAAUCAGAACCUCUACAGAUUAAGGAGGAACACAAGGAUUUCUUCUUUAAUGAUGAGCAGGUCAUAGUGAAGGAAGAGACUGACUCCUUCGUAUUAACCCUAACUGCUGAUCAAAAGCACAACGGCGACCUAGAACUAAACGGUUACCAACACCUCUCUGCAGCCUCUUCUGAAGUCCAGAACCAACAUGAACAAGGCAGAAACCAGAGAGACUCAAGGUCCAUGGAAAGGCUUAAACCAUACAAGAGGCAUCAGAAGUCUAAGAACCCUAGUGACUGUUUGGACAAAAAGCCUAAAAGAAGGAAAACGAAAAUAUGCUCCUGUGAAGUGUGUGGUAAAUGUUUUAAACAGCACAGGUACCUGAAUGCACACAUGAUGACGCACACAGCUGAGAAGCCUUUCUCUUGUCCCACUUGUGGAAAAAGUUUCCGCAGGCAGCCUGAGCUGACUCAGCACAUGCGGACUCACACAGGAGAGAAGCCGUUCCGCUGCCCGAUUUGCGGUAAAGGUUUUAUCCAGAAAACCACCUUAAAUUAUCACAUGAGAACACACACGGGCGAGAAGCCGUACGGUUGUGGGUUUUGUGGUAAAUCUUUCAUUCAGAGAAGUGAUUUGACCUGCCACCUUCGGAUUCACACAGAUGAGAAACCAUACUGCUGUGAGUUGUGCAGCAAAUCUUUCAGACACAGCAGUGAUUUGACUCGCCACAGGAGAACACACACAACUGGGAAGCCUUUCUCCUGUCCCACUUGUGGACGCGCCUUCAGCAAACAGUGUAAACUGAGCCGUCAUGAGAGAAUCCAUGAUAGUGAGAAGACUUAUUCUUGCGAGUCUUGCGAUAAAUCAUUCAGGCGGCGUUCUGAUUACGAACGUCACCUGAGAACGCACACAGGUGAGAAGCCUUUUGAUUGUGAGUUGUGUGAGAAAUCUUUCAGACAAAGGGGUGAUUUGACACGUCACAUGAGAACCCACACAGGUGAAAAGACAUCUGUGUGUAAAGUUUGUGGUAAAAGUUUCAGUAAUUCCAGUAGUAUGCUCAGACAUAUGAGAACGCACACCGGGGAGAAGCCUUAUAUCUGCAAAGUGUGUGGGAAGCUUUUUGGAUUCGGUGGUCAUUUGACUGUUCACUUGAGAACGCAUACUGGUGAGAAACCAUGUUCCUGUAAGGUUUGUGGUAGAUCUUUUAGUGACAGCAGCAGCAUGGCCAGACAUAUGAGGACCCACACGGGGGAGAAGACAUAUCCCUGUGAACUGUGUGAGAAAUCUUUCAGGCAGAGUUGGGAUUUGGCUCGUCAUCGUAGAACUCACACAGGUGAGAAACCCUUCCAAUGUCUGGCGUGUGGGAAAGGUUUUGUCCAGAAAACAACUCUGAGUUAUCAUAUGAGAACCCACACUGGAGAGAAACCUUUUCCUUGUGAAAUAUGUGAUAAAUCUUUCCGACAGAGGAACGAUCUGACGCGUCACAUGAGAACCCACACUGGUGAGAAACCGUAUCGUUGUGAAAUGUGUGAUAAAUCUUUUAGGCAGAGUAAUGAGUUAACCCGUCAUGUUAAAACUCACACAGGCGAGGAUCUAAGUUGUUCGGCCAGUCUUUCAGAGGAAGUCUCCACAGCAACAAUGUGUUCAAUUCAGCCUCUGAGAGAGUUUAUCAGACAGAGACUAACUGCUGCUGCUGAAGAAAUCUUCUCAGAGGUGGAAAAAACCAUCAUCCAGUACCAGGAGGAGAUCGACCGUCAGAGACUGCUGGACAUCAGCUGGAGACCCCGGAUCAGCUCACAGAGAGCAGAUGUCCCACAGAGUUAUGUCUCUGGCGGGACUGACCGAGCAGAACCAGAACCUCAGAAGGCGAAGGUGGAGCUGGAUGAACCAGAACCUUUGGUAAUCAAGGAAGAAUGGGAGGAACCAGAACCUCUUCAGCUGGAGGAAGAAAGCAGAGAAGGUGUCCAUCAGGAUGAAGCUCAGCUGAAUCCUGUUAAUGACGAGAUGGGCCACAGUGAACCAGAACCAAACAAGGAUCAGCUCCUGUUCCAGAACUCUGCUGAAGGCCUCUGGCGGUAUGAUAACAGGAAACAGAAGAAGGUUAUGACCCACCAGCAGCUCCAGAACCUGGAGAGGAUCUACAACAUAGAUUCAGAGGCUCUAGAAUCUCUUCAGACAAAUGAAGAACAGGACAACCUAGAACCUGUAUGGGAAAAAGAAAAAGAUCAUAGCAGACUUUGGGAUGAAGAGCAGGUGUCUGCUGCAUUUAAAGACAGAGCCCACAGAGGACCAGAACCAGAGGGGAGAAUUUUCUUCACUCUAAAUUCUGUGGAAGAUAAGAACCAAAAGAAGGAAGAACCCAGAGCGGAAGAUCCAAAUAGCAGAAUCAGAAAGUCAGAAACCAGACGACACGAUGAGAAAAGAAACGGAAGGAAAACGCCGCGCAACUGUAAUGUUUGUGGUAAGACUUUCUCUCAGUGGUACAUCGGUGUUCACAUGAGGAUCCACACAGGUGAGAGGCCUUUCACAUGCAUGACGUGCGGGAAGAGUUUCAGCCAGAAGAUGCAGCUGACUCGCCACAUCAGAAUUCACACUGGUGAGAGGCCCUUUCCAUGUAAGCUGUGUGGAAAAAGGUUCAGCUUGAAGCAGAGUUUGCAGCGUCAUCUGAGGACUCACACAGGCGAGAGGCCUUUCUCAUGUAAGAUUUGUGGGAAGAGCUUCCGCCAAAAGAUGACAGUCUCUCUGCACAUGAAAGUUCACACCCAAGAGAAACCGCAUUCCUGACAUUUAUGUGAAAAAUCGUUCAGACUGAGACAGGAGUUGGCUUGUCACGAGAGAAGUCACACAGCUAACCAUCCAAACUGAGUUUUUAAUCAAAGAUUGACCAAUAGGUGGAGAAAGAAUCUACUUUAACUAUAAAAAUCAUUUUUGGGAAUAAGAUGAUUUUCUUUAGAAAAUGCAACGAAAACUUCCUUUAAAAAAACAUUGAUUCACAGGUUAUAUUCUGACUGUGAUGAAGACCUUCCUGUAAACAAUAAACUCAUUAUCUCAAUUCAGCAUUUCUGAUUUUAAACUGUUGUCUUUAUGUAGAUUAUCUUGUUUAGUAUUUAAUCAUUCUUGCAUCAGCAGAGUGCCGGUACAUUGUUCAUAUAAUG